GCCUAAGCCCUCUGACCGAGGCCCUGCCGCUUCCUACGUCAGGGGCCUCCUCCUCCGGACAUACUGGGGAUUUAAACCGUGACCUCUGCCAGCUGUGCUCACUUGGGCAUCAGGCUCGCAGCGCUCGUUCUCUGGCGAUCCAGGCAGAUGUGCAACACCAGUAUGUCUGUGUCUACUGAGGGUGCUGUGAGCACCUCACAGAUUCCAGCUUCUGAACAAGAGACCCUGGUUAGACCAAAGCCAUUGCUUUUGAAGUUGUUAAAAUCUGUUGGUGCACAAAAAGACACUUAUACUAUGAAAGAGGUUAUAUUUUAUCUUGGCCAGUAUAUUAUGAAGAAGCGAUUAUAUGAUGAGAAGCAACAGCAUAUUGUAUAUUGUUCAAAUGAUCUUCUAGGGGAUUUGUUUGGAGUGCCAAGUUUCUCUGUGAAAGAACACAGGAAAAUAUACACAAUGAUCUACAGAAACUUGGUAAUAGUCAAUCAGCCGGAACCAUCAGAUUCAGGCACAUCUGUGAGUGAAAACAGAUGUCACCUUGAAGGUGGGAGUGAUCAAAAGGACUCUGUACAAGAGCUGCAGGAAGAGAAACCUUCAUCUUCAGAUUUGGUUUCUAGACCAUCUACCUCAUCUAGAAGGAGAACAAUUAGUGAGACAGAAGGAAACUCAGAUGAAUUAUCUUGUGAACGUCAAAGAAAGCGCCACAGAUCUGAUAGUAUUUCCUUUUCCUUUGAUGAAAGCCUCGCUCUGUGUGUAAUAAGGGAGAUACGCUGUGAAAGAAGCAGUAGCAGUGAAUCAACAGGGACUUCAUCAAAUCCGGAUCUUGAUGCUGGUGUAAGUGAACAAUCAGGUGAUUGGUUGGAUCAAGAUUCAGUUUCAGAUCGAUUCAGUGUAGAAUUUGAAGUUGAGUCUUUCAAUUCAGAAGAUUAUAACCUCAGUGAAGAAGGACAAGAACUCUCAGAUGAAGAUGAUGAGGUAUAUCAAGUUACUGUGUAUCACGCAGGGGAAAGUGAUACCGACUCAUUUGAAGAUGAUCCUGAAAUUUCCUUAGCUGACUAUUGGAAGUGUACUUCAUGCAAUGAAAUGAAUCCUCCCCUGCCAUCACAUUGCAACAGAUGUUGGGCCCUUCGUGAGAAUUGGCUUCCUGAUGACAAAGGAAAAGAAAAAGGAAGCAUGCCUGAGGAAACCAAACUAGAAAACUCAACACAAGUAGAGGAGGGCUUUGAUGUCCCUGAUUGUAAAAAAAGUACAGUGAAUGAUUCCCAAGAAUCAUGUAUUGAGGAAAAUGAUGAAAAGAUCACACAAGCCUCCCAUUCCCAAGAAAGUGAAGACUAUUCUCAGCCAUCGACUUCUGGUAGCAUCAUUUAUAGCAGCCAAGAAGAUGUCAAAGAGUAUGAGAGGGAAGAAACACAAGACAAAGAAAGUGUGGAAUCUAAUUUUCCCAAUAAUGCCAUCGAACCUUGUGUGAUUUGCCAAGGCCGACCUAAAAAUGGUUGCAUCGUCCAUGGCAAAACAGGACAUCUUAUGGCAUGCUUUACAUGUGCAAAAAAGCUAAAAAAAAGAAAUAAGCCCUGUCCAGUGUGUAGACAACCAAUUCAAAUGAUUGUACUAACUUAUUUUUCCUAGUUGACCUACCUAUAAAAGAAUUAUGCUAUA